AAAAUUUCGAUCUUUCUUUUUCUGUGGCUCCGACCAAUUCAACCCCAAAUGGCUUCCGUAGCUCUUCGAAACGCUAGCUCGAAACGCCUUAUUCCGUUUUCUUCUCAGAUCUAUCUACGAUGCGGAGGUUCCGUCCCCUCGAUGUCACAUAUCGUCGGGGGAGAUGAUCGUUGUUCUCCAAGUUCCGCGACCUCGUGGUGGAGAUCGAUGGCCACUUUCACCCGAACAAAACCUCAUGUAAAUGUUGGAACAAUCGGGCACGUUGAUCAUGGGAAGACCACUUUGACUGCUGCAAUCACAAAGGUGUUGGCUGAAGAAGGUAAUGCUAAGGCUGUUGCGUUUGAUGAAAUUGACAAAGCUCCUGAAGAGAAGAAGAGAGGAAUUACGAUUGCAACGGCUCAUGUGGAGUACGAGACUGCUAAGCGUCAUUAUGCUCAUGUGGAUUGCCCCGGACACGCAGAUUAUGUUAAAAAUAUGAUUACUGGAGCUGCACAAAUGGAUGGUGGAAUUCUCGUGGUUUCAGCACCAGAUGGGCCAAUGCCUCAAACUAAGGAGCAUAUCCUCCUUGCACGUCAGGUCGGUGUUCCAUCACUUGUAUGCUUCCUGAAUAAAGUUGAUGCUGUUGAUGACCUAGAGUUGUUGGAGCUUGUAGAGAUGGAACUGCGUGAACUUCUCAGCUUCUACAAGUUCCCCGGGGAUGAUAUUCCCAUCAUUCGAGGAUCUGCUCUGUCUGCAUUGCAGGGUACAAACGAAGAAAUUGGCCGGAAAGCAAUAUUGAAGCUAAUGGAAGCUGUAGAUGAAUAUAUACCUGACCCUGUUCGUGUGCUCGAUAAACCUUUCCUGAUGCCAAUUGAAGAUGUUUUCUCGAUUCAGGGACGUGGAACUGUUGCAACCGGCCGUAUUGAGCAGGGAACCAUUAAAGUAGGUGAAGAAGUUGAGAUAUUAGGGUUAAGUCCGGGACCUGCACUGAAAUCCACAGUAACUGGCGUUGAGAUGUUCAAGAAAAUUUUGGAUAAUGGACAGGCUGGUGAUAAUGUAGGACUUUUGUUGCGUGGGCUAAAGAGAGAAGACAUUCAACGUGGAAUGGUAAUUGCUAAGCCUGGUUCUUGCAAGACUGCCAAGAAGUUUGAAGCAGAGAUUUACGUGCUCACGAAGGAUGAAGGUGGCCGUCAUACCGCUUUUUUCUCUAACUACAGGCCUCAGUUUUAUCUGCGGACCGCCGAUGUCACUGGAAAAGUAGAAUUACCUGAAAAUGUGAAGAUGGUUAUGCCCGGUGACAAUGUCACUGCAGUUUUCGAGCUGAUCCUCCCUGUCCCACUUGAGCCAGGUCAAAGAUUUGCUCUAAGGGAAGGAGGUAGAACAGUUGGAGCCGGUGUGGUAUCAAAAGUGAUGAGCUAAGUCGCUAAAGCAGAUUCAAAGUUCUUCAAACAAAAAAAAAAAACAAAACACAUUGUUCUCAGUUUGUUCUAGUAUCUAAAUAUUCAUCUCUCAUGGGAUUUCUUCUUCUUGGAGAGUUAGAGACUUAGAUCAAAUAACAGAGAGAUUUGUGUUUUACAAGAAAAGCUUCUCCUAAGUCCUAAUUAAUGUAAUAUCUUCACAGUUU